CCAGCACUUCAGCCUUUGUGCCUCCUCUCAGAGCUCAUGCUGCGUUAGGGUGAAAACCAACAAGGAAAUGUGUUUGUUUCGGUUCGGACAACAGUUAGACAACUUAUAAUGCGGUUUAGGGAAGAGAUGGGAAGUGCGUUGUUCAUCCACUUGUUGAUUGAAUAAGCUCGCGGUUAGCAGACUAGCUCAACCGGCACACUCACAUUUAUUACCGCUGGACAAACACAACAUUCAGUUAACAUCACUGGGAAACAUGUGUGACUAAUCUGUAGGUCGGGUUUACGACUUUAAUUCGCUCGAUUGUUUUAUUGUCAGUCAGUCGGUGAGUCUUUUUAUAUGUCUUUAGGACGUAAUUGAUUUUAAUGGCGAGUGAAACUUGACCGAAUUCUUUGGCUAAUGCUAACACGAUGAAAGGGGGUUAGAAAAACAAUAAACAAACAUAUGUUUCCCGCUUUGUUUUAUGAACAGGAACAGAAAUAUUUUAGUUUGGUCCUUUGUUUUGGUAAAUUACUCUCCAGUUUUAUUAAGUAAUUAAGUUAAAUGAUGGACAGCGCUUCGUCCAGAGGAGGAAACAAGGCAACAAAGUAUCCUAGAGACAGACGUUCGUGUGAUGUUUUGUGGAUUAACAUUAACAGUUGCUGGACCAUGUAGGAUUUUUUAAUUGGUUCACAUCGGAUUUAUUUUGUGAAUAAAAAAAAGCCACAUUUUGUUGUUUAAGAGGUUUUGUAUGAAAUGGACACGAUCAACCAAUACCCGGUGAACCCCAGUUUUUCAGAAGACGAUCACAGGAUCUUUUGCAGUUCAGGCAGAUCUGCGAGUUUUAAUGAACAUCACGUUAAUGAUGAGGGAUGGAAAGUAGUGGAAGUGACCCUGUCCGGGGGAGCACCGUGGGGGUUUACCCUCAGAGGUGGACUGGAGCACGGAGAACCUCUUCUUAUAACCAAGGUGGAAGAGGGCAGUAAGGCUGCGACCGUGAGACUGCAGGUUGGAGAUGAACUCAUCAACAUCAACAACAUUUCUCUCACUGGCUUCAGACAAGAGGCCAUCUGUCUAGUCAAAAGCUCCUACAAGACUCUCAGCCUGGUGGUCAAAAGGAAAAUGAAAAUGGUGGAUAUUGUAGCACAGAAAAUGCCAUCAGAGAGCGACGUGCAUAUGGCCCGGAGCUUUCUCACGAAGAUUUUACGAAGUUCCAUGAGGAGAAAUGAACCCAUGAGCAGACCUCACUCCUGGCAUGCCACCAAGUUCAACGAGACCCAUUCAGAAGCCAAAACCCAGUCCACACCCUCACCAGUUUGGCAAACAAGAUAUGAUGCAAGUUCAUUAUCCUCUGAACUCUCAACUGGCUGGGACCAAACAAAUCUACAGAGGGUAUCCGAUCAGUUCAGUUCUUUGGGGAGUAUGGACAGCCUAGAACAUAGUUCUCAUCCCUAUCCACCUGGCCGUCUUUCCCCAAGCAAAUCCAACAAUAACAGCAUUGAACAUUUGGGUGGUGGUAAACGGGACUCGGCAUACAGCUCUUUUUCUACAAGCUCGGGAACCCCAGAUUACACACUGUCCAAAAGUAACACGGCAUCCACUGAGAACAUGCUAUACAAGAUAAAUCAGUGGGAUUCAAGUGCCAGGCACAGCAAUGGCAGGCACAGCCAAAACCUAAGCGAAGGGGUACGACAAGAUGAGAGGCCUGGAUACCUGCACCAUCUCUCAAGUACAGGUAACCAUGAGAUCCCAAGAGCUGAAGAGCUACCUGGCAAUCGUCAUUCAAGCUCUGGAAGAGUCAAUAUUGGACCUGUCUGGCAUGUUCCAGAUAUGAAGAAAAACAUGGUAUCAUCUACUCCACCUCCCACUCCACCCACACGCAGUGAUAGUUUUGCAGCUACCAAGGUUCAUGAGAAGGGUCUUAUCACAGGCACUUCAGAGGGCCUUGGUGGUCAUUCUCAAGUAAAGCCUCAAGCGAAACCACUACAAAAGGCAGGAGAAACUCAUGAAAACACACAAAGGUCUAACCAAGUCAUCGAGGCGUGUCUUGAGGGUCGACGUGAUUAUAAUCUACAAUCCAAAAAUGAUUCCUCAAAUUGCUGCAUUUCAUCUGAUUCUCAUCAUCAUUAUGUCCAACGUACAUCAUCAGAUAAGACAUACUCCCUAUCAACCACAGAUAUCAGAGAUAGCCAUCCAUCCUAUGGCCAUGUUCCAUACCAUGCACAGCAGUACAGUGACGAGGGCACUUUUCAUGCUCAAACUAGAACAGCAAUGAAACCUCCAUUCAGUGGCUAUUUUAGUAGUAUGCAGGAACUGCACACAAACAACCACAUGCAACACAAUAGCCAGAAUCAAACUGGAAGACCAGCUGCAUCACUGUCGGUUAUUUUAGGAGUCAAUUCCCACCAUAUCUCUCAGGGAUUAACACAGGCUUCUUUAGUGAGAGCUGAUGACUCUAAAGCCUCUUCAGUCUCAGAAAUGUCACACAACGGACGGGACAGAAUGUCCAUAGGUUGUCAAGGAGGGAAUAAAGAGCGGUAUAUUCCUCCUUUAUCGCAGCACCAUGAUAAUAAAGAAAGAAGUGCCUCUUUUAAACAAAGUGAAAACCAACAUUAUAUUUCUGCACCAAGUAAUCCCUUGAAUAUGUCUGAUUCAACAAAACAUAAUGAGCUUAGGGGGUGCCAAAAGCAGCACCAUGUGCAUGGCUCAGAUGAGCUUUCUGGUAGUUAUCCACCCAGUAAGCAGCCCGAGCACAAGAGAAGUGCUGGCCAUCUCCAUCAUAAGGAAUACUCACAACAACCCUUUCCAACUAAAAGCGAAUCAAAGAUAUGUCCCCAGAAAACACCUAUGCUGUAUUCUCUGGCCCAAGGGCACAAUGACACAGAUGACUGUUCUAAUGAGAUCAAAAGCGGAAGCGCACAACAUGAAGCCCUUGACAGUCACAGUAGUAAACAGGUGAGACGGAAUGACCGAUUUGCCACCACUUUGCGCAACGAGAUCCAAAUGAGAAGGGCCCAUCUCCAAAAGAGUCAAAGUGCAGCCACUUUAGAAAGUCCAGUUGAAACUGUAGAAGAGUCUGCUUUGUGGAAGACCACUGGGACUGCUUCUCCCUCCUCAGAUGGCUGCUUUUCCAUUUCUUAUAAAGACCAUCUCAAAGAAGCUCAGGCCAGAGUCCUCCAGGCUACAUCAUUCAGGAGAAAAGACCUAGAGCCAGUGUUGUUUGAGCAUCCAGGUACUGAAGGUCCCACUCGGAAAGAUGUACCUCCUUCAAGUGUCUCAGAGGUCACACCACCUAGCAAACACACCUCAGGGAGUAAUCAGGUGCUUCGCAUUGGAGGCCGUAAGCGGAUUUCUGCAGAAAAGAAAGUGACAUCUUUUUCUGAGCCAGAUAAAAUUCAUGAAGUAGGAGCUGAUGAGCGUUCUGCUAUGCCUGACAAUGUUGCACACUUAGAAAAUCCACAAAGAUUCUUUGAGACAGCAGGGAAACCAGUUUUCCCUAAGCCUAUGCCAAAGCAAAACCUGCAGAUAUCAGAAGACCCCAGACUGUCCAAGCCUGGAGGCAUGCACUAUUCUGCAAACAGUGACACGGCAGGGCGGAAUAAUGGUAAAAGCUCAACCCCCAUUGAACACCACAUCAAUGAAGCUCAGGUUGGCCCUAACUCAGUGAACCAUCAAGACAUGCUAGAACAACAGCGACUUGGCACAUUUGCAGAGUAUGAGGCCAAGUGGAACACCCAGAGGAAGACUACAGAACCAAGAGUAUCUGGUCGAUACCACUCUGCUGACAACAUCCUCGAUACAGGAAAAGAGCGACGGAGUAACCCCACCUGUGUGCAUGAAAGAUCUAGAUCAUCACCUUCUGCUGACUUUUAUGGGCAGAAACUUCCAGCACAAGAAAAGAAGUCAGCUGACUAUUCCAAACCUGAAAAGAGUCCUUCCCAUCAAGACAAGAAUAGUACAAGGUUCGAUGAAAAAGGAUAUAGUGAAAUCUUAUGCAAGGAGAAACCAGAAACACCUCCUGAAGAACCUGAGAAAAAUACUGUAGAUCCUCCCUCCAGUCAUCAUAAACCUGCACUACAUUUCCCUGUCCAUAACACUCGCAGUGAACCAUCAGCCCUCUCCAAAAACAAGAGCUCUGUUCUCUUGCCCCAUCUGGAGAAGUACAAAUGCCCUGAGGGAGCACCUCCUCCUCUUAGCAAAUUUCAGGAGGUCCAGCCUGGAUCACAAGGAGGAGUUCUGGCCCCAAUUUCCCCUGUCAACAAUCAAAGCUCCGCCCCAGUUUCAGCCCCCAUUCCCUGGAAGAGUUCAGAGUACAGCAAAGGGACUGUCAGGGAGGAGGAGCAACACCAAGAGCUUGUGCCUCCUCCCUUUCCACCUCCUCCCCCUCCCGUUGUCCUGCCCACCCAACAAACCGCUGGCCCGACCCAGCCCACCAUGGAUGGGCAGCGUUCGCCCUCACCCCAGUUCGCUCCCCAGAGGCUGACUGACAAGCCCCCUGUCUCCGUCUCCAUACAGGAUGAAGCUCCUGGAAGGAUGGAUCAGAUUAAAGAUGAGAACACAUCUGUGAAGAAAGUGCCCAUUAAGAUCGUUCACUCAGAGAGUGACACAGAAAAAGAAAGUCGGCAAUAUCUAGAUCUGCCCAGCGAGACACCUGUCAGCUCGCAGGGACUUGGGGGAGCUCAUCUUCAGAGUUUGGGGAACCCGGAUCAGUCGUACUCUUUGUUCUGUACCUACACCAGACAAAAAGAUCAGGAUCCUGACCUGAGAGACCCAGACAUGGGCCCUCUGAAAGACCAGGGGCCACAAAGCAAUAUGAACCCAGUGUCUUAUGUGGUACCUGGCCUUCAGACGGGUCCAUCAUUGGAUCAGAGUACCAACGGAGUGUCUUUGCAUCCCUCAAAUUCAGAGGAUGAUAAAAGAAAGGAGCUGGCUAGAGACAUAAUGGACAAGGACAAGUCCCUAGCUGACAUUUUAGACCAGAGUAAGAUGAAGACCACUAUGGAUCUUAUGGAGGGGAUUUUCCCUCAAGGAGAUCAGCUACUGGAGGAGGCCCAGCAGCGCAGGAAGGCUCAACCUAAACCACUCUCUCCUCGAAACUCUGUUGAGAAGAAAGAGGAAGACAGCCUGGUGGCGGCCGCUGCUUUAGUGAGCAACUCAACCUACUACAGCACAUCUGCACCCAAAGCAGAGCUGCUGAUCAAGAUGAAGGACAUGCAGGACCAGAGCGUUGAACACAACUCAGAAGAGGAGCUAGAGGAGGACAAUGAAAGUGACCUCGCCUGCAAGAAGCACGAGUUGAUUGAAAGUCUCAGUAAGAAGUUGCAGGUCCUGAAAGAAGCUCAGGAGAGCCUGCAGGAGGACGUGCAGGACAACAACGCUCUUGGAGAAGAAGUGGAGGCCAUCGUACAGGGUGUCUGCAAGCCUAAUGAACUCGACAAAUUCUGCAUGUUCGUCGGGGAUCUUGAUAAAGUGGUCAACCUUCUGCUGUCUCUGUCAGGACGUUUGGCCAGGGUAGAGAAUGCCCUGAACAGCCUGGAGGAAGAUGCUUCGCUGGAGGAAAGGCGCACUCUGACAGAGAAACGUAAACUGCUGAUCCGUCAGCACGAGGAUGCCAAGGAGCUGAAGGAGAACCUGGACAGGAGAGAGCGUGUGGUCUACGACAUUCUAGCCAGUUACCUGCCCGAGGAGAGUAUGGCUGACUACGAGCACUUCGUCAAGAUGAAAUCCGCUCUUAUUAUUGAGCAACGCAAGCUGGAGGACAAAAUCAAGCUGGGAGAUGAGCAGCUCAAGUGUCUGAUGGACAGUCUCCCAAUGGACCAGAGAUUAACCAACUGAUGGAUUAAUAAACACUGAUCCAGAGCCAGUCUCUUGACGUCAUCCUAAAUAGCAGGAUUCCAAAGCAGUACUUAAUAAUGUGGUCCACUUACUGUCAGCGGAAUUGCAUUCUGGUCAUAUAUUGAGUACUCCUUUUUCUGCCUCAGACAUUUUAUCAAGACUAGUGAAGAUCCUGAAAGUGCUGGGCACGUUCAGAUGUUCACAUCAUGAUUUGACCAAACCUAAUUUGAUAGAAAGCACCGUCGUUGUUACCCUCUAUAGUGAUUUUAAUGCGUUCAUAAACUUUCAAUGUUACACGACCCAUAGAAUUAUAUGGUGAAAUAAUAAUAAUAAUAAUCAUCAUCAUCAUUUUUAAACACCUUUCAUUCAAUUCUUUGACGUUUUUGGAUCCACAUGAACUCGAAUUUUUCUUUUUAACCACUAGAGGGCAGUGAAAGACCUGAAUCCCAAUACAAAAUCUUCAAAUCUCAGUUCUGUUCAUUUUCCAUCCAAGCUUUGCACAUGCAAAUUGUGUUGCUAUUUACACCAGGAGGUUGUAAUUAACUUCUGAAAAUGAGAUUUUGGUGGUGCAUUAUUUCAAAUGACACGCGUCACCAUCCUGGUCAUGUUAAAAAUUAAUUCAAUGAUAUUUUUUAGUAAUUUAUUUUAGCCUUUUGAAUCUUUGUAUAUAACUAGUGUAGGCUAAGAUUGUACUCUUUCACUUUAUUUUUAGCCAGGCGAAUUACCACUUUAGUCUGCACGCUUUUUAUAGAUGUGUAUAUCACCUUAAAAUGCAUUGUAACUUCAGAGUUAGAGCUGACUAAGUAUUCUCUUGCUUGAAGUAUCUCAAGAGACUUGCCUAAACUAUAUAAUUUUAUUUCAGUGCUUGUCUAUAAAAUACCAGCUGCCUUUUGCUCCAA